UUCAACUUCAUAAAAGGGGGUAACCAUACACUACUCCACGCUCUGACGUCCGCAUCACUGAUUUUUUUUUUUUUCUAAAUGUGCAUAUUUUUUUCUUCUUCUCAACCAGUCGCUUUCGCAGUCGGAGAAGAAGCUCGGAACCACGUCUCCAUCCGUCCCACGGCCAUUACGCAGGGAUGCUGCUGCUUUAGAUUUGCGUGUUUUUGGGGGGUUUCUUUUGUUUGUUUGUUUGUUUGUUUGUUUAUUUGUGUUUUUUUUCCCUUUUCAUCCACAUCGAGCAAACCCGUAAAACCCGAUCUAUUCGAGCUAAAGAGAAGAAAGGGAGGGAAAAAGAGAACAUCCUCAUGAUGUGGAGCAGAAUCACCGGAACCAUGGUUCGUCCGCAGAUUCGGACUGGGAUUUAAUUCGUCUGACAAGUGGCACGAAAACGCCGCUUUUCUCUUUCUUUCUUUCUUUCUUUCUUUCUUUCUUUCUUUCUUUCUUUCUUUCUAUCUUUCUUUUCUUUUCUCUUUCCUUUUUUGGCGUGCCCUUUCCCCGUUACUUCACAGUUCGACUGAGAUGUGAUCAUGGUACGUGAUAUGCAGAUGUUCCAGCGGUUCUGUGACCUGUACGGAUUUCCAUAACCAGGAAAACACCUUGGGACCAAUUACGAGCUCUUUUUUUUUUUAAUACCCCACUUCUUCUGCUCCUUUUUUGGUGUUGUUGCAGAGCAAUCACACACAUGUGAUCCAGUGGGUUUGAUUUGAGAGAUUGAUUUGGCCCGUUUUAUCCCUCUCUUUUCGUUCCCUGUGUUGGAUUUUUUUUUCUUCCUUUCUUCUAUUCAAUCUGUUCAUCGUUUUGGACCACAGGCGGUUGGAUUACUGAAGGUGUACAUAUAUAUAAACGGAUUUGUGGAAAUGUUGGGUCCUCACCAAGAAAAAAUAUGUGGAUUUCUCUCUGCUCUGACAGUGUUGUCGUCUGUCUGCUUUGUACAAUGCAAUUCUGCUGCAUCUGGAAUAUCUGUGGCCAAAUCGACAGUGGACAAACUGUUGAAGGGGUAUGACAUCCGUCUCCGGCCAGAUUUUGGAGGUCCCCCAGUCAUUGUGGGAAUGAGCAUAAAUAUCGCCAGCAUUGACUCCAUUUCUGAAGUCAACAUGGACUACACCAUCACCAUGUAUUUCCAGCAGAGCUGGCGGGACAAGCGGCUGGCGUACGCAGAGAUGGCGCUUAAUCUGACCCUCGACAACCGCGUGGCUGAUCAGCUAUGGCUACCUGACACCUAUUUCCUGAACGACAAGAAGUCCUUCCUGCAUGGGGUGACAGUCAAGAACCGCAUGAUCCGGCUCCACCCUGAUGGCACCGUGCUGUAUGGACUGAGAAUAACCACAACGGCUGCAUGCAUGAUGGACCUGAGGAGAUACCCCCUGGAUGAACAGAACUGUACCCUGGAGAUUGAGAGCUACGGAUACACCACAGACGACAUCGUGUUCUUCUGGCAAGGAGGCGACAACGCUGUAACCGGAGUGGACAAACUGGAGCUGCCGCAGUUCUCCAUCGUGGAGCUGCGUCUUGUGUCCAGAGAAGUGAGGUUCACAACAGGCUCGUACCCCCGGCUGUCUCUGAGUUUCCGCAUCAAGAGGAAUAUAGGCUACUUCAUCCUGCAGACCUACAUGCCCUCGAUCCUGAUCACCAUCCUCUCCUGGGUGUCCUUUUGGAUCAACUAUGACGCCUCUGCUGCUAGGGUAGCGCUCGGGGUCACUACGGUACUCACUAUGACGACCAUUAACACCCACCUGCGGGAGACCCUCCCAAAGAUCCCCUACGUGAAAGCCAUCGACGUCUACCUCAUGGGCUGCUUUGUUUUCGUGUUCCUGGCCCUUCUCGAAUAUGCCUUCGUCAACUACGUGUUUUUCGGACGAGGACCCCAGCAGCAAAAGAAAAUCAACGAGCGCCUCAACAAAGCUAACAACGAACGCCCACGCUACGAGGACAAACGUCUGCGAGAACAGGACUCCAUUUCAGCGCCGUUUCAAACCAACACCCUCAGGUCAUACACACAGCGAAGAAAUUUGUAUCUCGAAGAACAAAGAAAAGUUGGGGUGGACGCUUACGGGAACAUCCUUCUCACCACUCUGGAGAUGAACAAUGAGGUGAUGCCGUCAGACGUAGGCAGCAGCGUAAGUGACUCGCGCAACUCCGUCAUGUCGUUCGACAGCUCGGGCGUGCAGUUCCGCAAGCCUGUCGGUUCCUCGCGCGACGGUUUCGGCCAUCACUCGCUGGAGCGCGGCGCCAUGCGCAGCCGCGCCAACUGCCGCCUGCGGAGGCGCUCGUCCAAGCUCAAGCUCAAAAUCCCCAACCUGACGGAUGUGAGCACCAUUGACAAGUGGUCGCGCGUGAUUUUCCCCAUCACGUUCGGAUUCUUCAACCUCAUCUACUGGUUGUACUACGUGAAUUGACACACACACACGUCCUCCCAGGAAACAUGGGCCAUAUUUUGAGAGCACACACUGAAUUGGCUUUGAUACAAUUGAAAAAUAUGUAUACACAUAUAGGAAAAGUUCAUACAUGUAUAUGUAUAUGCAUAUUUCUUAUAUCUUAUAUUUCUAUACACGCAAUGCGGAAAGGACCUUUCUGAUGUAAAAAAAAAAAAAAAAAAAGUAUUAUAUAGAUUGACUUGAAUGUUUAAGAAUCACGUGAGACAAACGUUUCUUUUUUUUUUUUCUUCUGAAAACUAACAAAACAAACAAACAAACAUACGAACAAAAAAAUCCUCCUGAGGGGUUGGGACUAAGGACUGCAUGAUAUUUUUGCUAGAAGAAAGAUUGCAAGAUAAACAGAAAAAAAAAAAAACGGAUACGGCAGAACAUCAUCACGGCUUUUUAUCGAAUACAUACUGCGAUCAAGCUUUCCCGAAUGCAGCUCAUGAAAUCAGUCGUGGCUCGUAUGCUUUCGAGCACAGAACGGGCCGAACACGUUCCUCCAGCCCUCAAUCCUCCUAUCAGUGCCCUUCCUUUCGGUCCCUCGUGGAAGGGACUUGUGAUUUUCUCCCCCUGGUUCUAUGCUGUACAGCAAAACUCCUCUUCUGGAUUAUGUGUAGUUUCCUUGAUUUUCUUUUUUUUUUCUUUUUUUGGUGAGAGACUUUUCUCUAUAGGUAUAAAGCUCUGGUCACUGGUUUACACUGGACGGCCAUCCCGCGUUAAUACACACACACACACACACACACACACACACGCAGACCCCACCAAGAGACUCCUUUUUUUUUUCUUUUCAUUUUCGUGAGCGUUUUUUGGAAAUUGUUUCGAUUUUAUUCGGGUUGUGAGGAUUCCGACUAGCCGACUGGUUGCUCUUAUUUUUUUCUUUGAAAAUGUUCUGAAAAGAGCAGUUCGUUCAAAAAGCAUAAAGUUCUAGAGUUAGCGCAUCGCUAGAUAACGAGCCACUUAUACGCAUUGUUCGUUCUUUUUUUUUUUUUGCUUUCCGUUUUUUUUAUUACAUUUUUUUUUUUUUUUUGAGAAAAAGGAUCAAACAACAUCAAGUGUACAUUUCUUCAAUAUCCUCAUCGAAUAUGGUUAGGGAGAAUAACUGUAUUCUUGCUUUCUUCUCGUUCCUAGUGAUAUUCAUCCGUUUUGUAGAUAAAGUGCUCAUCAUUAUCGACUCACCAUCGAUUUUGUGUUGUGCAAGGAUGUGAAAAAAAGAGACCGUGGUGAGCUACAGUUGCUUGUCCGAGCUUGUUUUUUUUUUUUCCGAAGUCAGUCGAUCACCUAUAUGAAGUUGUGUUUCAAAAAUGAACAGAGUAAAACGUGUAUUUAAACGGAUGGUCAUUGUUUUAAAAAUCUGCUAAAUAUUCGAGCCCAUCGUGUGACCUGGUAUUGUACGUGAUAUCUCGCUCAUCUUUAGACGGCCCACAAUUGUUUCGUUUUUGUGUUUUUUUUACUUGUUUAUUUUUUUUUUAGGUUAAUUUUUGGUUCCUCUAUAAUGUGCCUGUCUGCAACCUGAAGUAGGUGUCCUCAAUCGAUCACUGAAGUAAAAGAGGGCUACAAAUGGCGCUCGAUCUUUGACCUGCAGACCCACCCACAGCCCUGAUGUUACACAUCUCUUAGGAUUCAAUCCCAAAGACUGAUGACAUCAGCAUGAUCAGGAAACAAAAAAAAAGAGCUUCUGAGUCUUAAUGGGGCAAAAUAAGAUGUACGAUAAAAGCCAUGAACUGACGUGACAACCAAAAAGGCCUAUAAACCCAUUCUUAUGUCAUUCUUUCUGCUGAAUUUCAGUGUAAAAUCCACUCAUCAUCUCAUGCAGCAAAGGUCAUGUACACAACCACAAACACACACACACACACACACACACACACACACACACACACACACAUAUGCACACCAGUUGUUAUGAGAUCCAUCUUGCUCCAUCCAAAGCUGCCCGAUCUCAGCAGGGUUUGGGUCAUUCAUGAGGUACCAGAUGGAUGUGUGAAUGGAUGGAUGCACAUUGCAAAGGUUUUGUCUUUGACCAGACAUCAGGGCCAGUAGAGCUCGAGAGCCCUGAAAUCUUCUGCGGCCCCAAAGGUUUAGGAGGUUCUGAGCAGGUCUCAGUUCUCAGACCCGAGUAGAUUCCACCGGCUCUCUGCUCUCGCUCUCAUCACAUUCCAUCCACCAUUCCAUAUGAGAACCUGGGACAAGCAGGACUAACGGGAAGAGAAAAGAGAGUGAAAGAAAUAAAACAAUCACGGAAGCUCCUGAAGGUCAAAGAUGUUCACUCAUGAUCACAUGACAGAAAGUGCAGAAAAAAACGGUGGUUUCAAAAUAACUUUAUAUCAAGUGUAGCAAUGUUCAUGUUGCGUGUGUAUUCCAUGAACCAGCACUGAAUGAAAGCAGAUGUGAAGUUUCCUGCAAUUAGACAUUGAUUAAAUGCUCAGUUUUAAUCUUAUUAUAUAAUCACACGUGUGUACGGACGAAGCGGUUCAGACGAGCGCACCCUCUGUAGCUGGAGAAAAACUAUCCCUAGUGUAAUUUGAUAAAGCAAGCGUUUUUCAGCGACUUUGCUCAUGAGGUCACAUGACUUUUGCUUGAAUGAUCGCACGAUUGAAAGGUGGCCAUGGUUUGGUUUAGAAUUUUAUCAGCCCUGUUUGAACAUCCUGGCACCUACUGUAUGUGGAGAAAUAUGUCCAGAUGUUAUAUUACAGGUUUUAUCAAAGGCUAUGAAAAUGAUAUGAGCUUGAACAAACAGUCGUGAAUUUUUCUACGGUAAAUAAUUCAUCACGUAAAUUAGGACACAAUUGUAUUAUUUAUUGGGAGUUUCUACGCAUGCUGCUUAAACGUGAACAUCGAAAACGUAUCCUGGUUCGUUUCUGGGCACGAAUUUAAAUUAGCGAAAAUGAAAACCGUAAAAAUGUAUAUUUCAGCGUGUCAUAAUUGUGUAACGAUAACGAUCAGCGAGUUUUUUUCCCUACAAAUCUGCCGACUCCCAAUGCGAGAGUCGGCGUAAUCAGACCGCGAAAGCGUUUGUACGCAAAAAAACGUGCGACGUCUGUACCUCAGCAAUACGACACGAACACCACAUGGCGAGUCGAUUUCAAGCCUGAGAUCUAUCGAAGAUCCGAUUCCAUUCAAACCUGCGUUAAUCCGAUCCUGUAUCCUGUUCUUGUGAUAAAAAUAAUAACAAUGUGUGUUUCUAAUUGCUAACGCAAACCCCAAAAAAAUUAGCCACGUGAAAUAUACACGCGAUUCUUUAAAAGGCGCUGCUCUGCAUUUCCUGAGUAUCCACAUGCGUCUUUCUUUCCCCGUUAUGAGAUUUUUGGUCAUGCAAGUGAUUAAGUGCAUUCGAUAGAGGAGAUGCUAAUUUACGGCGGGUAACUGGCCAAAAAAAUCUAAAUACUUAAAUAUAUGUAGCA